GCUGCAAACCCUGCCAAACAAAAGAAACAGUACGGCGGUCAGCAGGAGAACGCGCGUGAGUCGCGCUCGUUAAAGCUGGCUGUUCGCGCAUCAACCGUGAGUUUGAGAUGCGCUUUAACGCCUCAUCGGACUCGUGCGUGGAAGAUGUGCUGAUUGAGCCGCCAGAGUCCCGGGACGCGAUGUGGGGUCCGAUAACGGGUGCCGCGGUGUCCGGUGCGAGUCUCGCGCUCCUCACAGCCGCGCUGCUCUACGCGUGUCACCGGAAACGGCUGUUCAGUAUCGCUGCGCCGGGGUGUGAAGGUCUGCGGAGGCGUCUGGAGGAGUUUGAGGAGGAGAGCGACUGUGACAGCAGGAGAACACUAGCGGAGACAGAACCUGCUGAAGGAGCCGAGCGGCGUCAGUCGGCGCUGAACAGUGAUGUGGCGGCGUUUGCUCUGAAGGCGAGGGUCGUGUAUCCCAUCAACCAGAGAUACAGACCGCUAGCAGACGGAGCCUCCAACCCUUCCCUGCACGAGCCGCCCAAGCGCCAGGCCCCGCCCAGCCAGGACUCCGCCUCCUCGCUGGGGGACGAUUGGGCUGAGCAAAGAGAGAGAAGAUGAUGAUGAUGAUGAUGAUGAUGAAAGCAGUCAGUUUGUCUCCUGCGGCCCCUCGUCUAAAACACACACCAGUCAUGUGUUCAGGAGAGUCCGGCACUACCCACAAACCCUGUGUCACUCACGGGUGAGUCUGCUGUGUUUGACUCUACAGGAACUACAUCUGCACACGGCACAGCUACAGCAGCAGAAGUACAGGGUACGACACACAGCUCUCUGAACAUCAUACACUGCUGCAUUAGAGUGAACACUCCUGAUGAAUGAAGAGAAUAACCAGAGAAUGACAUUAGAUGUUCCUGCAGCUUCUGCGAGUGUUGUUGAGUGACAGAGAGCGUGCAGACAUCAUUCAUCAUCAGCAGCAGCAGGAGGUGGAGCUUCUGAUGAGGGGCGUGUCUGUGGACGAGGGGGCGGAGACUGACGCGGUCAUGUGCUCUAUAGAGGAAGUGGAGAAAACAGGACGAGAGCAGCUGGAGCGUUCACUGCAGAUGGCUGUGAGUUUUGCGAAGCAGCUGGAGCAGCUCGGACAGACUCUCCACCGCACGUUUUCCAGUGACGUCUCAGAGGAAGUGAUGCGUAACGUGAUCGGGUGCCUGCGAUCGAUGGAGGACAUUGUGUCUGAGGUUCAGGGGUCAGUUCUGAAGAUGCUGUUGGACCGGUUUGAGUGCUGGCAGGAAGUGUCCGAUGGCCUGAGAGAGAAGACUGCGCUCCUGAAACGGGAGGCGGAGCUUAUGCUGAAAGUCACCAGCCAAUCAGUGCAGGAGCUGAGAGCUGAUGGACAGCUGGAGAAACAGAGUCUCAGUGACGUGGAGACUGCAGUUAAUGAAGCUCUGGAGCAGAGCACUGACGAGAUCAGACGUCAGACGGAGGAGCUCGCUCUGGAUCGCUGUGAGAAGGCCUGUGUGAGGAGGAGGAGGAUGAUGAAGGCUCAGAGCUCUGAGUGGAGUCCUGUGUCAGACACACAGACAGACGCUCGUCUCAUGAUGAAGGUGUUUGAGGAGCUUCAGAUCAGACACUGGCAUCAGAGACGAGACUUUGAGCUGCAGCAGGACACAAGGAUCAGUGACGCUCUGUGUGAACGGUGGACGAGCUUGUGUAGUAAGUGCAGCAGACGCGUCGCUGAUUUGUGCUCAGAGUUUGUCCUGAGCGUCACCGCUGGCUCCGCCCCCUCCACAGUCCAGGCCCAAUCAGUGCUGCAGAGCAUGAAGCUCACCGUGGCCAAUCAGAUGCAGCAAGAGAAAGACACGCCCACACACACCUGCGCACACUCCGAGAGCAGCUGCAGCGACGCAGACAGGUGUGGAUGGAGGAUGAGGCUUUGACUCGCGCAUGUCUGGAUCACUUUGGAGAACAGCAGCGCGAGGUUGUCACGGCAACGGUUUCCAGGUGUUCAGAUAUGCAGAUGAGUCGUGCUCUAAUUGAAGAAGCAGCAGCAUCUUUUGAUUCUGGAGUUUCAGAGAGUUUUAUCAGCUCGAUGUUUUUACCUGCGAUCUGUGAGAGAGAUGAAACUGAAUCAGCUGACAGAUGCACAGGACUCUAGUGUUGCCAUGGAAACGGUCUCGUCUGAGGCGACUGUGAUUGGUCAGAAUCUCCUGCACGAGCAGCUGUCGGAGCUGGAAGCCGCUACUGACAUGAUGCAGGGACACGCCCACUUCCUGGUUGGCCACGCCCUCG